AUGAGCCGAUGGCGGACGUCCGUGGCACUAUUUCUAGCUUUUCUUUCCCUAUCCAACGGCCAAUACAACCAGCAACCGACGGCUUCUUCUUCGGGCUUCGGUUACUACGCCAAGGUCGAUACGAACUCCAACGGCGGCUCCAAUACAGCUAAUCUCAAUCCCUACGCCAAUCUGCAAUUUGGAGAUUUUCGUGUGAGUUUGACUUUCUUUUUUCUUGUUUCAGUUGAAUCGCGAAAGUUAUUAUCUGAAAAAUAUCGCAAUUAUUCUGAAAAAAUUACUGAAAGACGUGCUGGAAACAAAAACCGAGAAGAAAAAGCAAAGAAAGCAAAAAAAAAAGGAAAAAAAAUUGAUGACAGAAAAUUUUUGAAUAUUCACUGAAUUUUGGUUUAGCGAAGCGUGCGCGAACUUCUUGCAUAAGACGCAUGAUUUAAAUAGCGACUACUUUAGGAAUAAUAUUAUUAUAAUCCGAAGUUUAUUGAAUUUUUUUAAAUUCUGUAUGUUUUUCUUCAUGAAUUAAUACUUAUCUAUUAUUCAUAAUUGUCUUCCUUAGGAAAAAAAAAAUCUGACCAUUUUAUUGUAACUUUCCUCUAAGCCUAAUAGGCCCUAACUUAAAAAAUUUUUUUUUGUUCGACGCUAUUACGCAUGAAAAUUCGAAGAAUUUCAUCGUUAAGAAAAUUUUAUUCUUGCUCAAUGUUCAAGAAAAAACUUACCUUUUUUUUAUUGAAGUUUUCCAGACACGGAACGAAGGAAAUGGACAACAACAACAGCCACAGCAACAGCAGAAUGAUCGAAGCUCCAACUACGGGGGCACUGGAGGAAGUCUGGGCUUCGAAGGUGGCAGCUCUCAGCAGCAACUCCUGCAGGAACAAGGAUACAUGCAGCAGCAACAGCCGCAGAAUCGAGGGCUUUUCAAUCAGGCUCUAACGCCUUACAACAAUUCAGGCAGCAUGGUGGGCUUUUUGCAACUAUAAAAAGAAAAAUAGGAAACUUUUUUUAACAUUUUUAAAUUUCGAAAGAAAACUUGAGCGUUUAUGCUUAUGUUCAUUUAUGAGCAUUUAUGAUAUGAAACUGGUUCAAGCCUCUUUAACUGAAAGUCAUUCUUUCUCUCAUCAACGGUUCAAAAAAAUCGGGAGACUAAAGUUUUUUUCUUGUUUUUUUUUUUUGCAUAAAGACCGUAUAGCAAGUUUAACGAAAUUUGACUAAACUUCGUAACAAGACCUUUAUUUUUUGCAUUUUUGUGACGCGAAAGUGCAAAAAAAAAAACUGUGUUCCCUUCAGCUUAUUUUUUUUUUGCUGUUCUUCUAAAAAGUCUUGCGCGGAACACAUUUUACAAAUAAGAUAGAGAUGGGAAGGGAGAAAGUGAAAAAUGAUAGGGAUAAUUGAUCGUGUGAUAACAUAUAUUAGAAAAAGGAGUGCUGGGAAAUCAGAGGUACCUAGGGAGAGCGAAAAAGUUUUUGAUAAAGUGAGUCCAAACUAUUUUAAUUCUCCCUAGAAAAGUUUAGUAUUAAAGGUUCGAACUUUUUUUCUUGUAAUUAGAGUUCAGUUUUGCGAAAACGGCUUUUUUUUUUUUGCUAACCUCGGUCAGAUUUUUUGUGCUGACGAAAAAGCAUUGAUCUUCGGUAUCUUGACAUUUAUUUCAGCUUCUUCAACUUUUUAUAACUAGGUCUUGCUUUCAGCAGAACAGAAUGGUGAACGGCGGCGUGACGAUCCAGUUCCAACUCCGGGGCUACGCGAAUCCGUCGUCGAUCCUUCCCAACGGCAACACCUGCGUCUGUCCGCCAGGUCACAACUGCGCCUACCUCAAGUCGACGCCGCGCUGCUACAUCAGCUUCACCUUCAUCAUUUCCUGUCCAGAGUUGGUUCUCUUACCACAAAAGGACUAUUUUUCUGGUUCAGCGAAUCGGUGCGAUACCUGGCCACGGACUUUGUCUACCUGGACCAAAGCGGAGCGUUGCCAAUGUCUUCGCAGUCCGUCUGGAACCAGAAUUAUGUUGUUCAGCUCCCAACAAAACCGGUGCGCUUUUUUCAAAAAGUAGCUGGAUAAUAUGGAAUUUUAGUCGGCUAUCGACGUCUUCGCCCAUCAUUUGGGAGCCGUUUUCGAUUCCAAAAGCGGGAACCCCGUUGCGGUCGGCGACAGACUCGUCCAUGUCGACACCUUCGUAGUUCCUCUUCUUGGUGAGUCUUGAAAAAGUUCGGAAGCGUUCCGACCGUUCGCCUCGAAAAAAUUCACCUUUAGGGCCUUUUUUCAAGGAUUUCAAGUCACAGUAAGCUUCAAUGUAAUCUUUCGAAAAUUCUUUUUACAGUUUGAAAUUAGCGUAAAGUUCCGAACAAGGUGGAUAUUUAACCUUGAACUUCGGGAUCAAUUAACGGUUAUAAUUUCAAUACUUAUAUCUUUACCCAAGUUAGAAAAACUGCAUCAUUGAAACUAAUUUUUUUUUUACUGGAAUUCGUGGUAAGGAUUAGCGAAACUUUAAGCUCAACCGGCAGUAUUUUUCAAAGAGAAUUGAAGAAACUUUUCUUCAUCUUCAGACAGCCUUCCAGCGGUUGACGGCGUACAGAACAUGAACCAGCAAAGAACCUAUCAAGGCAAACUUCUUGGAACGAGGUUUUAAGGUUCUGCUUUCCUUUCAUCAUUAUCGAACCUGCAGCCUCUCCUUGGCCUACUCGAUUUCCUGUUCUGGAAGUCUGAUAGGACCUUCGUGCGACCUGAGCUGCACCAAGUCUCCCAUCAACUCCAACGCCGCCGCCUGCCGUUCAAAUGCCACCGGAUUCUUCAGCGUCUGCAACUACAUCAACAAUGGACAGGUUCGUAGGAAAAUGGUCUUAAAAGCAUCGAAAAAGUCACUUUUUAUAAUAUUUAUCCGAAUACGAGCCCUUUUCAGGUAGACAACUGCAAAAACUGCCCCUGGGGAAUCAGAGAGCAGACCUACUGCCAAGAUGAGGACGGCAGCGUUCUCGAUCCUCAUAACGCUGUAAGAUCCCUCCAAUUGGUCAUCUGUGAUAUUUCGCCUUUGUUUUCAGGGAGUCGUGGACACGAGCUACAAAACGGCGACGAUCGUCCUUUCAAUCAUCGUAUUCUUCCUUCUUAUUUGCUGCAUUCUCUCUUUGGUCAUGGCUUGUAUUCAGUAAGUAUUUGCUUUUAUUUUACGUCCAGCAACAAGUAAUCUAAAGGACUUUAGUUUUCACUCUUUAAUUACCUGUUUAAUAUUUUUUAUAAACUUUACAGCACAAAAAAAGUAUCAAUCUAUGAAUAUUUCUAAAUUUUUGGAAUUUUUCUUGAAAGCUUCAUUGAAACUUGAACUUUUUUUUCAGAAAUUUCGCGUUAGCUUAUCCAUCCUUCCAUAGGCUUUCCAGUCUUUCACUCCGAGUUUUUUUUCUCAUUUUUUUUUUCUUUUCAAAAAAACCUGAUGAAAAGCUUUAAAAAAAAACAUAGGUGGUUCGAUUUUUUUAGGAUUUUUCUGACCUUACUCAUAAAAAUAAUCAAGCUCAAAGUAGUCUUGAAAAAAACUUUUGAAAUUUUCGCAGGAAGAUGAAAAAGCCGAAAGAGAAAGAAAUGAAGACGUUCGUGAGAAGCGAAGACCGUCAGCCGCUCCAGGCGACGUACAGGUCUCGAGACGAAUCUUCGCCUCGCCAGGCGAUGAUGCCGCCUCCAGCCGACGCUCGGCCCAUCAGUACGUUCUGGUAGCUUUUGCCGAUUCCUCUGUCGCUUCUACCGUAGUCCUGUCUCUUCGUUCGUUUUCCUAAUUCUCUGAUAGACUUUAGAUCCAAACCGCUUCACGGUAGUUUGA